ACUUGAAUGUAAACCAUUACAAUGAAAACCCAUUAAAAUCAAAUAUCACCAAACAUUAUUCUACCAGCAACAACCCCUUUUUCAUAUAUUAUUCAUAUUCAUCCCCGUCCCUGAAAAUUGAGAAUAAGAGACAACAGCUUAUCUUCAAAGCUCAACAAAGAACUCAUCAAUGGAUAUUGAACCAACUACCCCCCAAAAUUCAGAAACCCCGGAAAUUGAAAACCCACCAUUAAUUUUCACACCCCCAACUGCUUCCAUCACUCUUUCUCUCUCUUCAAUUCUCCCCACUCACUUCUUCAUCCCAACAAAAAUCACCCAACUUUUCUCACCCAAAAAUGUGAAGAUCCCACCUCAAAUCACUUCUGCUCUUUCAACAAUUUCUCUCUCCUCCUCCACUAUCUCUCCUCCAAAACCCUUCUCCAAAAAAUCAUCUUUCUCAGCUUACCCUAUUCAAAACCCUCUUUCUCUCACUCCUCGCCUACCUUCAGAACCCUCCAAUGGCGCAGUAGCGCGCAGAGCCGCCAUUGUUUGGUUCAGAAAUGACCUCAGAGUUCAUGAUAAUGAGUGUCUUACAAAUGCAAACAAUGAGUCAAUGUCUGUUCUUCCUUUAUACUGUUUUGACCCUAGAGAUUAUGGGAAAUCCUCAUCUGGGUUCGACAAAACUGGCCCGUUUCGUGCUUCUUUCUUGAUUGAAUCAGUUUCUGAUCUUAGGAAGAAUCUUAGGGAAAGAGGGUCUGAUUUAGUUGUGAGAAUUGGUAAGCCUGAGACCGUUCUUGUUGAGAUGGCUAAGAUAAUUGGGGCGGAUGCGGUGUACGUGCACCGAGAGGUGUCCAAGGAGGAGGUGAAAGCGGAGGCGAGGAUAGAGACAGCAAUGAAGGAGGAAGGAGUGGAGUUGAAGUACUUUUGGGGAAGUACAUUGUAUCAUAUGGAGGAUUUGCCCUUUAAAUUGGAGGAGAUGCCCACUAAUUAUGGCGGGUUUAGGGAGAAGGCACAAGGGUUGAAGGUUAGGGAGACUAUUGCUGCUUUGGAUCAGUUCAAAGGGUUGCCUUCUAGAGGUGAUGUGGAACCUGGAGAGAUUCCUUCUCUUGUUGAUUUGGGUCUCAACCCAAAUGCCACAUUGUCCCAGGAUGGAAAACCAGCUGCUAAUGGUUCCCUGGUGGGAGGAGAGACUGAAGCAAUGCAAAGGCUCCGGAAAUUUGCAGCUGAAUGUAAGGCACAACCACCGAAGUCCAAGGACGGCACUAACAGCAUUUAUGGUGCAAACUUCUCAUGCAAAAUUUCUCCAUGGCUAGCCAUGGGAUGCCUUUCUCCUCGUCAUAUGUUCGAUGAGCUGAAGAAAACUGCUUCUAGAACAAUAUCUGCCUCAAACCGGAAGGAUGGUGAUGAUGGAAUGAAUUGGUUGAUGUUUGAGCUCUUGUGGAGGGAUUUUUUCAGAUUUAUCACUGCGAAAUACAGUUUGGCAAAGAAACAUGUAGAUGCUACCCCAGCUACUGCUUGCACAGGUGCACUCGCUUAAAACAAGAAGUAGAAUAUCGAUGUGAUAAACUUGUGGGAGGUUUAGGUUGCUGAAAGCAGCUAAAGGUUCCUGUAGAACAAAUGGUGUUGAAUCUUCUAGGGCCAGUUUGUUCCCCCUCCCCCUUUUCUGUAAUUUUGAUCUCUGCAUAUUUUACAACAACAUAUCCCUUGUAUUCACUGUCCCUUUUUGAACUAUUGAGUGAUCUACUAAUAAGCAACAUUUCAGCUUUA